CCUAGCCCGCGGAGUGCAAAGCGCGCACGGAGUACACGGAGUAUCUGGACUGAGCAGACAAGCGGAUCCCGAGAGGAGCAGUCACCAUGUGCGGAAUCUUUGCUUACAUGAACUACAGAGUCCCUCGGACAAGGAAGGAAAUUUUUGAAACCCUCAUCAAGGGCCUGCAGAGGCUUGAGUACAGAGGCUACGAUUCAGCAGGUGUGGCCAUUGAUGGGAAUAAUCAUGAAGUCAAAGAAAGACAUAUUCAGCUAGUCAAGAAAAAGGGAAAAGUCAAGGCUCUGGAUGAAGAACUUUACAGACAAGACAGCAUGGAUUUAAAGGUGGAGUUCGAGACACACUUUGGUAUUGCCCACACACGCUGGGCCACCCAUGGGGUCCCCAAUGCUGUCAACAGCCACCCACAGCGCUCAGACAAAGGCAAUGAAUUUGUCGUCAUCCAUAAUGGGAUCAUCACGAAUUACAAAGAUCUGAGGAAAUUUCUGGAAAGCAAAGGCUAUGAAUUUGAGUCAGAAACAGACACCGAGACCAUUGCCAAGCUGAUUAAGUAUGUGUUUGACAACAGAGAAACUGAUGACAUUACAUUUUCAACACUGGUCGAGAGAGUCAUUCAACAGUUGGAAGGUGCAUUUGCUUUGGUUUUCAAGAGCAUCCACUACCCAGGAGAAGCUGUUGCCACAAGAAAGGGCAGCCCACUGCUAAUUGGAGUCCGAAGCAAAUACAAACUCUCCACAGAGCAGAUCCCCAUCUUGUAUAGGAAUUGUAAUAUUGAGAAUGUGAAGAAUAUCUGUAAAACAAGGAUGAAGACUGACAGCUCCACCUGCCUUCAUGCUGUGGGCGAUAAAGCAGUGGAAUUCUUUUUUGCUUCUGAUGCAAGUGCCAUCAUAGAACACACCAACCGGGUCAUCUUCCUCGAGGAUGAUGAUAUUGCCGCAGUGGCUGAUGGGAAACUCUCCAUUCACCGAGUCAAGCGCUCAGCUAGUGAUGACCCAUCUCGAGCCAUUCAGACCCUGCAGAUGGAAUUGCAGCAAAUCAUGAAAGGUAAUUUUAGUGCAUUUAUGCAGAAGGAAAUCUUCGAACAACCAGAAUCAGUUUUCAACACCAUGAGAGGUCGUGUGAAUUUUGAGACAAACACAGUGCUCCUGGGUGGCUUGAAGGACCAUCUGAAGGAGAUUCGACGAUGCCGAAGGCUCAUUGUAAUUGGCUGUGGAACAAGCUACCAUGCAGCUGUGGCUACGCGGCAAGUUUUGGAGGAACUGACUGAGCUCCCGGUGAUGGUUGAACUUGCUAGUGAUUUUCUGGACAGGAACACACCUGUGUUUAGGGAUGAUGUUUGCUUUUUCAUAAGCCAAUCAGGCGAGACUGCAGACACACUCCUGGCUCUGCGCUACUGUAAGGACCGCCGAGCCCUAACUGUGGGUGUCACCAACACUGUGGGCAGCUCCAUCUCCCGCGAGACUGACUGCGGUGUCCACAUCAAUGCAGGGCCAGAGAUCGGUGUGGCCAGCACCACGGCUUACACCAGCCAGUUCAUUUCUCUUGUGCUGUUCGGUUUGAUGAUGUCCGAAGAUCGAAUCUCACUGCAAAACAGGAGGCAAGAGAUCAUCCGUGGCCUGAGAUCUUUACCUGAACUGAUCAAGGAAGUGCUGUCUCUGGAUGAGAAGAUUCAUGACCUGGCCCUGGAGCUGUACACACAGAGGUCACUCUUGGUGAUGGGGCGGGGCUAUAACUAUGCCACAUGCCUGGAAGGAGCCUUGAAAAUUAAAGAAAUAACUUACAUGCACUCAGAAGGCAUUCUGGCUGGGGAGUUGAAGCAUGGGCCUCUGGCGCUGGUCGAUAAGCAGAUGCCAGUCAUCAUGGUCAUCAUGAAGGAUCCUUGCUUUGCCAAAUGUCAGAACGCCCUGCAGCAGGUCACAGCCCGCCAGGGUCGCCCAAUUAUACUGUGCUCCAAGGAUGACACUGAAAGUUCCAAGUUUGCAUACAAAACCAUAGAGCUGCCCCACACCGUCGACUGCCUGCAGGGAAUCCUGAGUGUCAUUCCACUUCAGCUUCUUUCCUUCCACCUGGCUGUUCUCCGAGGAUAUGAUGUUGAUUUUCCGAGAAAUCUGGCCAAGUCUGUCACCGUGGAAUGAAAACGAGACCCUAAGGAGACCAUCACCACCUUUGGUCUGCUUUAAGACCCAUCCCAACUACAGGGAUGUCACGUGGGGAAAGUGGGCAUUCUGCGUGUUCCCAGUAGAGCUGACAGCUUCAACGUGCCUUGUACCCAAGUGCUUUUGCUUAUAGCAAAUACUGUUUCUCUGUGUCCUGAAGUUGCCAGGGAGAAGGGGAUCAUUGUUUACACAUGGGGAUCAGAGCAGACUUUUCCACUACUGUGCAAUAGAGAUAUGGCUCUCUUCAGAGUAACUGUGAACCUUUUUUUAAACCAACACUAGUUUUAAAAGACAAAAUAUUUAUAAUGAUGAUUGUAUAGCUUUUAAGUUAUUUUUCUAGUAUGUGGCUUUCUGUAGCCAUGGUAAUGCCCAGACUGUGCAUUUCAGCUAGCCAAUGCGCUGUUUCUGGACUCACUCCUGGCGAGUGGCUUUCAUCUCAGAUUUGAGCACAAAGCAUUGACCCUCUGGACUCCUUUCUGUUUUCCCUUCCUUUCUAGGCUGCUUCUGAUUCCUGUCCCCUGACAUCAGUGAAGUCUUUCCAGACAUCUUCCUAUGCCUCCUAUAAAUCCAAUUGAAUCUCAAUUUCCUUCAACAUUUUCUUCUUGUCUGUGGCCCAUAUCCUUUCAACUCUCUGACUUCUGUCUAAUGAGAUCAUGGUUCUUUUUAAGCCCAGCAUUUUGGUCCCUGCUCCCUUCCCAUAGUAAAACAGCUUGAAAUGCCCUGUGCAAGAGGAUAGUUUCGAGUGGGCUGCCUUGCUCUCUAUUUAAAAGCGUGCACAAUCAAAAUACUAUGCAAUUUUAAGACAAUAAAGAAGUACAGAUUUUUUGGUCUUGUG